AGUGAAUGUAGCAUUCACGGUUUUUAAAAACAACUAUGAAUAUGUGAAUUUGAGGGGUUUUUGCCGUUUAUUUGCGAAGAUAAUGGUUUAAAAAUCUAAUAACCCAGCGUCACACCAUCGGCCAUAUGCAAGCGCAACCGUCAUCAUCCCUCAUGGGGGUCGCCGUCGACCCCCACACGACUCAGAUGAAUCAGUUUAUGAGUUACAUAAGGACGCUGGGCGAUCCGAAUUGCAAGAACGUGCUGAAACUCAAGGCCAUUCAGGAGAUAAGUAAAAAUUUCGAGAUGAUUCUCAGCUCCGCCCACUAUCCGACGUUCUUGGACCACUCGGUCAAGAUAUUUUUGAAAGUUCUCGAAGAAGGCAGACCCCAUUUCAUCGCCGAAUACAAUUUGCAGCAGAUCAGAAAACUAAUACUCGAGAUGCUCUACCGCCUGCCGACAAACGAUCACCUACGGCCUUACUUUCGUCCGAUCCUUCUUCUUAUGUUUAAAUUGCUGGAAAUCGACAACGAGGAGAACGUACUGAUCUGCCUGAAAAUCAUAAUCGAACUGCACAAACAGUACAAGCCGCAGUUCAGUGUCGAGAUACAACGGUUCCUGCAGUUCGUCAAGUCCAUUUACUCGAACCUCCCGAAUCACAUGGCGAAAAUUUUCGAAGCCAAACCCCAAUUCAAAAUUCGUGACCUCUCCGAGCUCGACAUCGACGCCCUCCUUGAGGAAACCUUCACCAUCACCAAGAUCUUAACCGAAAACAGCAACAAGGACGGGGCUUUGGUGACCUACUAUUUAAUUCCGAAAGCCGUGCUGUCGCUCAAAGUGCUGCAAGAGCUACCCAUCAUAGUAGUAUUAAUGUACCAGCUGCACAAACAGAAUGUCCACCAGGAUGUCAGCGAUUUCAUUCCCCUAAUUAUGAACACGAUAACGCUCCGGCCGACGUUGGAGCAGAGACAAAUGGAGACCUUUAACAAGGUGAUAUUCGUCGAUUUUAUGGGCGCUCAAAUCAAGACCUUGUCGUUCUUGGCGUACAUCAUCAAAAUAUAUCAGGAAGUGGUACAAAAUCAUUCUGAAAUGAUGGUCCAAGGCAUGUUGGGAUUGCUGACGUUGUGCCCGCAGGAGGUAGCGCACCUGCGCAGGGAGCUGCUGAUCGCCGCCAGGCAUAUCCUCGCCACGGAGCUGCGCAACAAAUUCGUUCCUCACAUGGAACGCCUUUUCGACCAAGAUGUAUUGCUGGGCCGCGGCUGGACCACCCACGAAUCCUUACGUCCUCUCGCUUACUCUACCCUCGCCGAUUUGGUUCACCACAUCAGACAUCAGCUCCCCCUGUCCGACCUCACCCGCGCCGUUCACCUGUUCAGCAAGAACGUCCACGACGACAGUCUGGCGACCACCAUACAGACGAUGUCCUGCAAAGUGCUGUUAAAUUUGGUGGACUGCAUACGGGUCAGGUCGGAAGCGGAAAAUAGCAACGAAGGCAGGGAACUCCUGAUGCGCAUGCUCGAGGUGUUCGUGUUGAAGUUCAAGACGUUCGUCAAGAUCCAGCUGCCGGUACUCGUCAGCCGCGGCGAGCAAAAAAAACAGGAGCUCACCGGCGGCGGGGUGGAACCGAAGGUCGAGAGUCCGGAGCAGCUGGAAAACGUGCUUAACGCCGGGCAGACUGCGUCGGCCGACAAGGAACCCAAAUCGAGGUUCGGUUUCCCACAGAACAACAACUACAACGUCGCGGACUAUCGCAGCCUGGUGAAGACGCUCGUCUGCGGCGUGAAGACGAUCACGUGGGGAUGUUCGGCUUGCAAGACGGUCGCCGGUCAAUCCCUGGAUCAGACCAAACAUUUUCAGCCCCACGAGACGCUCGUGUUCGUCAGAUUUGUCAAGUGGGCGCUGAAAGCGCUCGACAUUUACACCCUCAACGGCAACGCGCACCAGGCGACGCCUUCGAAUCAAAGACUGAAUCAAAACGUGCGCACCAAAGAAGAGAAGGAGGUGCUCGAGCACUGUAGCGGCGUUUUCUCGAUGAUGAACUCGCAGACGUUCCACGAGAUAUUCUCUACGACUAUCGAGUACCUGGUCGAGAGGGUUUACAAGAACCCUACCUUGCAGACAAUACCGAACACUCUGCUCUCGAAUCCCGCGACGAGCUCCAUUUUCGCCACCGUCCUCGUCGAGUACCUUCUCGAGCGCAUGGAGGAGAUGGGUUCCAACGUUGAAAGAAGCAACUUGUACCUGAGACUUUUCAAAUUAGUGUUCGGCAGCGUGUCCCUGUUCCCGCAGGAGAACGAGAACAUGCUCAAACCGCAUCUGCACUGCAUCGUCAACAAAUCCAUGGAGCUGGCGAUGAGCGCCGUCGAGCCCUACAACUAUUUCCUACUGCUGCGCGCCCUCUUCCGUUCGAUAGGCGGAGGCAGCCACGAUCUUCUCUACCAGGAAUUCCUGCCGCUGUUACCGAAUUUGCUCGAGGGUCUUAACCGACUCCAGAGCGGUCUGCACAAGCAGCAUAUGAAAGACCUGUUCGUCGAGCUGUGUCUCACCGUGCCCGUGCGUCUCAGCUCUCUACUGCCGUACCUGCCGAUGCUGAUGGACCCUUUGGUGUCUGCAUUGAACGGCUCUCAUGUGCUCAUCAGCCAAGGCCUGCGCACUCUCGAGUUGUGCGUCGACAACCUCCAGCACGAUUUCCUCUACGACCAUAUGCAGCCCGUCAGGGCGGAACUGAUGCAAGCCCUCUGGCGGACGUUGCGCAACAACGACCAGGUGGCGCAGGUCGCAUUCAAGGUUCUCGGGAAGUUCGGCGGCGGCAACAGGAAGAUGAUGAUCGAGCCUCAGCGUUUGGAUUACAUCGCGUCGGAGCACGAUCCGCCCGCCAUCUGGGCCAAGUUCGACAGUUACGAGCAGUCUAUCGAGUUUCCAGUCACCAAGGUGAUAGAGACCGCGUUCAACGCGUUGAAACAGAGCAACACGGACCCGUUCUAUCGGAAACAGGCGUGGGAAGUGAUCAAUUGUUACCUGGCAGCGUCCCGCGAUCUCAAAGACAGUAAGAACUCGCUGAUCACGUUGUUCCUGCACCCGAAGUUCCAGGAUCCCUCGUCCAUACCGAACGCGAAGGGUUGCCACUACAAAUCGGUGUACAAAGUAUCACGCGAGACUCACCAGAUGGCGCUGACGGGUAUGUUUAUCGGCGCGGCCAUCAAGGAGCUCCGACAGCACGCCGUGCCCGCCUUCGUCUCCCUCGUGCGUCACUACACGAUGGUGGCGGUCGCUCAGCAGUCUGGCGCGUUCGCCUACUCGCCCAGACCCAACAAGCAAAUAGAUUUAGAUCCGCUCGUACUGGUGGAUGCCCUAGCUGUCAUAAUGGGUCACGAGGAACGGGAACUGUGCAAACCCGGUCACUUGGGUCUGAUGCUGAUCGUCGACACGGCCAGCACACUGCUCGGUAGUAAAGAGAUCGCUUGCCGUCUGCCUCUUAUCGAGUACCUGUCGGAGAAGAUGUGCUCGUUAUGCUACGAGCGCGCGUGGUACGCCAAACUGGGCGGUUGCUUGGCCAUUAAGUUCAUGUUCGAGCAGUGCGCCCUCAAGUGGGUCUACAAGCACAUGUUCACGUUCCUUAAGGCGUUGCUAUUUGUCAUGACCGACUUAACUGGCGAAGUGUCGAGCGGGUCGUUAGAUAUGGCCAAGGAGAACCUUCAGAAGAUGUUGGUGGUGUUGGUCACUCCGCCGCCGGACGGUAGCGACGACGAAACCGUCGGAUUACAGCAGAAGGCAUUGAACACGGUCACCCGCGAACUUGUCCACCAAGUUACCAGCCCGCAUACCAUGGUCAGGGAACAGUCGAUGGCGUCGCUCCACCUACUGGCCAAAGAACAAAACAAAACGGUGACCGCAGUUAUGGAGCCGUUCCAGGAGGUGCUCCAAGACAUGGUGCCGCCGAAAAAGCACGUGCUGAAACAUCAGCCCGCGAUCGCUCAAAUGGGCCUCCUCGACGGCAACAUGUUCUGCACGUCGCUCACGCCGCGACUCUUUACGAUCAACACAGACAUAAAGGAGCACAACCUCUUCAUCGAGGACCUGUUGUCGCUGUGCAACACGGAAGACGCGAAACUGAAUACGUUCUCCUGCUACAAGUCGAUCACGAACUUUACGCCGCUCCGGCAAAGCGCGCUGCGCGUGUUGGCCGCUUGCUACUACUUAGAGAAGGUUCGCGACAAAAUAUUCAAGGUGUUGUACAAUGCCCUCGAGAAGCCGAUACCGGAGCUGCAGGAGACCGCGUUCGAAUGCAUUAAGAAGUUCAUAGCCGGGUACCGCGUCGGCAAGGAACUCGUGCACACGACCAUACGGCCGCUACUGACGACCCUGGGGAACGUGAAAAAUAUAAAUAGCAUAACCCUGAACGGUUUGAAGGUUUUGUCGUACCUGACGCAGCUGUUUCCGCACGUGUUUAACAUGCUCCUCUGCGAACAGCUGCUCGAGAUCCUCAAGCAACAUCUGACGACUUUGACCGGCGCCCACACGACGGGUGCGGACGCGGUGCUCGGCAACGGUGGUACGUGUUUGCCGAAAAAGACCGAAGAGGAGCAGAAGAUCGUGACGAUAAUCAGUAUAUUUCAUCAGACGCCGGCGGCGUCGAGCAAAUUUAUUUCCCAGCUGACGCAGCAGAUCCUCCAAGCGGAACGGGCGAUGAUGAUCGAGGCGGCCAGUCCAUUUCGCGGCAUCCUGAUGAAGUUUUUACUUCGGUACCCGGCCGAAACGUUGGCCUUGUUCCUGAACGACGCAUACAUUAAAGACAAGCAGUACAGCAGGUACCUGGAGUACCUGAUCAAGCACAAGGAGGGCAAACCGUUCAGGGACUACAUCCAAAACCACCUGGUCGACCGGUUGAUCGCGAUGGUAUCUUCGAACUACUCUGACGUCCACAUGACGCCGGCGGAGCGCAACGAGUCGCAGUACCAGAGCAUCAGGAUCGUCUCGUUGUUGAUCAAGUUCGACGAGCAGUGGUUGUCCACCCAGCAGGAGUUGAUCGCGGCCCUGCGCAAAAUCUGGACCGACGACUCGUAUCAGGAGCGGCACAAGAACAUCGAUCAGCUGGAGUACACGCACUGGAAAGAGCCGAAGUUGCUGGUCAAGAUCCUGCUGCACUAUUUUGGGCACCACCCGACAGACAUCGAUUUGCUCUUUCAGCUGCUGAGGGCCACCACCGACAGAUUCAUUCCCGAAUUUCAGUUCUUGCGAGACUUUUUGGAACACACGGUCGCCCAAAACUACACCGUCGAAUGGAAACGCUCCGCCUUCUUCCGUUUCGUCGAGCUGUUUUCGAAGAAUGACAUGUCGCAGGAGCUCAAAGCCAAGGUGCUCCAGCUGAUCCUCAUCCCUUGCUUCGCGGUGAGCUUCCAGCGCGGCGAGACCAACAAACUGAUCGGCGGGCCUCCCAUGCCGUACCAAGACAACAGUGAGAACGUCGUCUCGGUGUUCAUCAACACCCUGAUUAAUCCGGAGAGUUCCAUCGCCGACUGCGUGCGCAUAUCGCUCCUGCAGUUCUCCUGCUUGCUCGUCGAGCAGGCCAGUCCUCACAUCCACGACCAGGACACCAACAAAAAAACGCAGGGGUUCAAGGUUAGACGGCUGAUGACGUUCGCAUGGCCCAGCCUGCUGGUCGAGCAUUGCAUCGACCCGGCGACCAGGUACCACGGCCACUUGCUGCUGUCGCACGUCAUCGACAAGUUCGCGAUCCACUCGAAGAUAGUCCUGCAGGUAUUUCACGGUUUGUUGAGGGCGCACGCGGUGGAGGCUCGAAACGUGGUGCGACAAGCGUUGGAAAUUUUGACGCCCUCCAUGCCGUUCAGAGUGGAAAAGGGCUACGUGAUGCUCACCCAUUGGACCAAGAAGAUCCUGAUGGAUGAAGGGCAUUCGAUGCAGCAGCUUUUUCACAUCUUGCAGCUAGUAGUCAAACAUUACAAGGUCUACUAUCCCGUGCGCCACGAUUUAGUUCAGCACAUGGUCAGUUCGAUACAACGGUUGGGCUUUAGCCCGACGGCGACGCUAGAGCAUCGAAAGCUCGCCGUCGAACUGGCGGAGGUUAUCAUUAAGUGGGAGCUGUAUGGUAUCAAGGACGAGACGGCGAACGCAGAGUCUGGUGCUGAAAGCGGCGCAGUUAAGAAAUCGAGCGGGGACGAAAACGUCGAGGCUAUUAGAAAAAAGAUGGCGGGCGUUCAGCCGGGCACUUCCGGCUCGUCGCAAGUGGCGAUCAAGGCAGAGACCGCGUCCGGCGACCACAUCGACAAGAGACACACCGAUAACGUGCUGAACUUUCUGCUCCGACUCGCCUGUCAAGUUAAUGAGAUGGCGCCACAGAAUCCGGCAAAUCCGGGCGCGAGUAGUCCGGGCGAGACGCUUUCGCGCCGAUGCGUUAUCCUGUUGAAGAACGCGCUCAAACCGGAACUGUGGCCCGAACCGGUCGACCUCAAGCUCGGCUUCCUAGAUAAAAUCCUGCAACUCGUCGAGACGCCGAACGCGAACGUCGCGAACAUCUGUACCGCCCUCGAGCUGCUCACAUUCCUGCUGACAGUACUAAAAAAGGAUCAGAUCCUGCUCAAUUUCAAGCAGCUUCAGACCGGUUUGGGCGCUUGCGUUACUUCGACCAACAACAAAAUCGUCAAACUGAUGCACGGGCUUCUGCUCAAGCUGUUCGCCGCGUUUCCGCUCGAACGCGUCAACAAGUUCGCCGAUCUGGAUCAGUUCUACGGCAAAGUGAACGGUAUCAUCCUCGCCGGUCUCGAGUCGUACGACGAAUGCAAAGCUCCCGCCCUCUUUGGUACCGUCAUGAUACUAAAAGCGGCGUGUGCGAACAAUCCCUCUUAUGUCGAUCACAUCAUCACGCCUUUUAUGCGGGUACUGCACCGCCUUCAGAAGGAACACCUUCAGACCACGGCGGCCAACUUCGCCGCCCUCACCAGCGAACUGCUCAUCCUCAGCCUCGACCUCGUGAAGACUAGGAUCGUCGUGAUGGGGGUGGAGAUGCGGAAGACCUUCAUCGGUAGCAUCCUCGUCGGUUUGAUGGAGAAGACGUCGGACAUCAAAGUGAUAAAGGCCGUCACCAAGAUGCUCGAGGAGUGGAUGAAGUGCAAGAACCCGGUGACUCUUAAUCAGGCGCCUAGUUCGCGCGAAAAGUCGAUCCUGCUUGUGAAACUGAUGCAAUACGUGGAGAAACGGUUCCCGGACGAUAACGAGCUCCAGGCGCAGUUCCUGGAGCUGGUCAAUUACGUCUACACCGAUAAGCAAUUGAAAACGUCCGAGUUGACGUCGAAAUUGGAGCCGGCCUUCUUGGCGGGACUCCGGUGUCCCCAGCCUCACAUCCGCGCGAAAUUCUACAAGGUGUUCGACGAGUCGAUGCGCAAACGCCUCCACGACAGGCUCCUCUACAUCGUAUGCUCGCAAAAUUGGGAAGCUAUCGGUCAGCACUACUGGAUCAAGCAGUGUAUCGAGCUAUUGCUCGUCACCGCGACCGCCAACGUCAGUAUCAAGAUGUCGCACGAGAGUAGCAUCCUGCCCAGCAUCACGUCGGUCGUCAAUACCGAGGAAAAGAGGGAGGAGCUGCGCAAAACGCAACCGCUCAACCCGAAACUGUAUGAAUCGGUCGAAGUCAAGGACGAAGUGCUCGACAUGGAUCUUAAACUGCCGCAGACGACGCCGGAACAGAAGCCGAUGGCCCGGGCCGAGACCAUCACUAAAAUGAUCAACAAGCACUACGAGUUCAUCGAGGUAUCGCGCAACAUCACCACCGAUCAGUUCCUGCUCGCCACCGCGCAGUUGUGUCACAUGGACACCAGUUUAGCGGAACAGGUUUGGCUCAGUCUGUUCCCGAAGUUUUGGACCAUCUUCGACGAAGAUGAGAGGGCUGCGCUUAGAAAACCGAUGGUUACUUUCAUCACGUCCGGCUGUCACAUCAUCCAGAAAGACGGACAGCCUAGCGCGUUAAACACCUUCGUCGAGGCGCUGUUCAGGUGCAACCCGCCGGUUCCGAUGUCCGCGCCCACAAUGAAGUACCUCGCGAAGACUCACAACCUGUGGCACCGUAUGGCGCUCACUAUGGAACAAACCGCGUGCGAUAUGGCGAACAAAACGAACAACCCGACCUACGAGCUCGAGUCCGAUCAGGGUCGCUCGGAGCUUCUCGGUUCCCUGGCCGAACUCUAUCAGACUUUAUGCGAGGAAGAUCUGUGGGCGGGCAUCUGGCAGAAAAACGCCCACUACAAGGAAACCGGCGUCGCAAUUGCAUACGAGCAGCACGGGUUCUUCGAGCAAGCGCAGAGCGCGUACGACGCCGCGAUAGCCAAAUACAAAACCGACGCCGAUUCCGGGCCCAUACCGGCCGCCUACAAUCAGGAAGUGAAACUAUGGAACCAGCGUUACAUCCGGUGCUGCAAGGAACUGCAACAGUGGGACCUUUUGGUAGAGUACGCGAAGAAGUACUGCGACUUCGACUUGCUGCUGGAGAGCGCAUGGCGCAUCCCCAAUUGGGACUACAUGAAGGAGGCGCUGUCCAAGAUCGAGUUCACGUCGCCUAGGGAGAACGCGUGGAAGGUGACCAUGUACGGCGGGUACUUAUUGAUUUGUCAGCCGGAAGAGGGCAAACCGCUGAAAUAUGUCGAGAGGUACGUCGAAACCGCGAGCACUUUCUGCCUAAACGAGUGGCGACGGCUGCCCCACGUCGUAAGCCACAUCCAUCUACAGUACCUGCAGGCCGCGCAGCAGAUUAUGGAGCUGCAGGAGGCGUACCAGAUCCACAAGGGUCUGAUGCAAGUUCACCAGAACUCUUUGCACGACAUGAAAGCAAUCGUGAAAACGUGGCGUAACCGCCUGCCCGUAAUUGCCGAUGAGCUGGUACACUGGAGCGAAAUUUUUACGUGGCGUCAGCACCAUUACCAGGUCAUCGUGCAGCAUUACGAGAAGACGUCGUCAUCGAACGCGAAGCUAGGCAUGCACGCUUCCGCGCAGUCGAUUAUCCACUUCGGGAAGAUCGCGCGUAAGCACAAACUGACCGGCGUCUGUCUCGACUCGCUGAACAAGAUUUACAGCAUCUCGAGCGUGCCGGUGGUCGACUGCUUCCAAAAGGUGCGCCAACAGGUCAAGUGUUACCUGCAGAUGGCGUCGAUGAACAACAAAAACGAAUUGGCCGAAGGCCUCGAAGUGAUUAACCACACCAAAAUGCAGUACUUUGGCAAAGAAAUGACCGCCGAGUUUUACGCGCUCAAAGGCAUGAUGUACCACCUGAGCGGCAAAUCGGACGAGGCUAACAAAGCGUUCUCGGCAGCAGUCCAAAUGCACGACUACUCGAUCAAAGCGUGGGCUCUGUACGGCGACUACCUCGAACAGGUGUUCAUCAAGGAUCCGCGACAGAUAAGUUUCGGCGUGAACGCGAUGGCCUGUUUCUUGCACGCGUGCCGCCAUCAGAACGAGCCCAAGGCGCGCAAGUACCUGGCCAAGGUCUUGUGGUUGCUCAACUACGACGACGAGAACAACAGCCUGAUGGAGGCGCUCGACCAGUACGCCGCCGGCGUCCCUCCCUUCCUGUGGCUGCCGUGGACGCCGCAGCUGCUCAACUGGUUCGUCCACUACGAGGGCAACGUCAUACUGAACCUACUGUGUCAGGUGGGCAGGUUGUUCCCUCAGGCUGUCUAUUUCCCGAUCAGGAUCCUGUACCUGACCCUGAGGACGGCGACUGCGCGCAAAACCAACACCAUACAGCAGCAGCAAGCGACUCAGGACUCUCAGAACGGAUGCGAGGGGCCGGGACAGGAAGGCGCGGCAUCGACGAGUGCAGCGCCCUCUGGCGAGGUGCCGACGAUCAUAGCCAAGGCGACGUCGGCGAUGAUGCGCUGCUCGAAGAUCAUGUGGAUGCAAAGGGAUAUACACACGAGCGUGCUGACCGGGUUGGAAGGUAUAGCGAACCAGAUGGAGUGGUUCAAGGAGAAUUGGUACGAGGAGGUGCUACGUCAGCUGCGCCAAGGACUGACCAAGUGUUACGCGAUCGCGUUCGAGAACAGGGAGUCGGUGAACGAAGCGAAAAUCACUCCGCACAUAUUAAAGUUCGUCACGAAACUGAUAUCUACGUUCGGCAUCGGCAUCGAGAAGGGCGUGUCCAGCUCAGAGAACGUCACGUUCAAUUCGGCCGCGUCGGAGAGUUUGGCGCGACGCGCCGAGGAUACGUACCAGGAUCCCGUCUUUAUCGAGAUGGAGCAGGAGUUCAAGAAGGACUUUGACUUUUCACAGUCGAACUCGAUGCGCCUGCACACGCUGAUAUUCAAGCUGAAGAAAUGGAUCAAGAUAUUGGACAAUCGCUCGAAGAUGUUGCUACAGUCGUUCCUUAUCGAAGAAAAGUGCCGGUUCCUGUCGAAUUUCAUCCUGAAAACGGCGGAGGUGGAGCUGCCCGGUGAAUUCUUGUUGCCCAAACACAACCACUACUUCGUCAAGAUAGCCCGGUUCAUGCCGAGGGUGGACCUGGUGCAGAAACACAACGCUGUCGCGAGACGACUGUAUAUCCGAGGCCACAACGGCAAGGUGUACGCCUACUUAGUGGUUAACGAUUUGGGCGUGGCGGACGCGAGACGCGAGGAGCGCGUACUGCAGAUGCUGCGCAUGCUCAACAUGUUCCUCGGCAAACAGAAGGAAACGGCGAGAAGAUUUCUGCACUUCACCGUGCCGAGGGUGAUGGCGGUUUCGCAGCAGAUCCGCCUCGUCGAGGACAAUCCCGCGUCCAUAUCGUACCUGGACGUGUUUAAGAAGGGAUGCGCUAAGUUGGGAAAGCAAGGUAUCAACCACGACGACCCUAUCCAGUAUUACUACGAGCGUCUUGCUGCGGUGCAGAGCAGGGGCGUCACAGCGACCCACCAAAUCUAUCGCGACAUUUUCAAGAGCGUGCAAGACAAGAUGGUGCCGCGUACGGUAUUCAAACAGUGGGCGGUACGGACAUUCCCGUCCGCCACAGACUACUGGCACUUUCGGAAAAUGUUCACGCUGCAACUUUCGCUCGCCUGCUUCGCCGAAUACGUGUUCCAUUUGACGAGGCUCAAUCCCGAUAUGAUGUACCUGCAUCAGGACUCCGGCCUGAUGAGCGUGUCGUACUUCAAGUUUGACGUGGACGACGGCACCGGCGAGCUUAACCAGACUAGGGCGGUGCCGUUUAGACUCACCCCGAACAUAAUCGAAUACUUGUCGGUGGUGGGGGUAAGCGGACCUCUGACGGCGUGCAUGAUAGCCACGGCCAGGUGCUUCGUCUAUCCUAAUUUUAAGGUGCUCAACAUCUUGAAACCGAUUUUGCGGGACGAGAUGUUGCUAUCGCGUGCAAAAAAGUCUGAGGACGGCGCGUCUGCGCAAGACAAAGCGUCGGAUCCCAAAUCCGACGCGGAACAAAUUAUUAACAUGGUGGGGCGCGCGGUCAAUUCGAUAUCGGGGCGGCUCAACAGUUUGGCGCAAUUCGACGGGGUCGACGGCAAGGUGGCGCCGUUGGUGGCCGCAGCCAGCAGUCCCGAUAAUUUGUGCCGCAUGGACCCCGCCUGGCAUCCCUGGUUGUGAACGUUUUUUUUUUCUUCCCGUUGGUCUCUCGUUUAGUUUAGUGUCAUCGCCGCAAAUUUUU